GUUAUGUCCAAGAGGAAGACAUAAAGGAAGAGGAAGAUAUAAAGGAGGAGGAAGAAGAUGAUGACGACAGCAACUCAACUGCUCAGCUCCAGGGCAGCAAUGACACUGGCACGGAUGAGGAACACGAAGUGGGUCCUGAGCAUAAAGGGAACUUCAGUUACCAGAAUUCCCCUGUCAGUCAUGUAUCUAACCAGGAUGCUGAAAACGAAUCACUACUAAGUGAUGGUAGUGACCACGUGGCAGACAUUAAAAGCAUCUGCUCUAGAGAGCCACAGGACCCAAAACCCAGCACCCAUCCCAAAGCCCAGAAUGAAGCACACAACUGCAUGGAUAAAAUGACAGCGGUCUAUGCCAACAUACUGUCAGACUCUUACUGGACGGGCUUAGGGCUGGGUUUCAAGUUGUCUAACUCGGAAAAGAGGAGUUGUGACAACAGAAAUGGAGGGAACAAAGCUGAUUUUGAUUGGCACCAAGACGCACUGUCAAAAAGCUUACAGCAGAAUUUACCUUCCAGACCUGUCUCGAAACCCAACCUGUUCAGCUCGGUCCAGCUCUACAGGCAGAGCAGCAAAAUGUGUGGAACUGUGUUCACGGGUGCCAGCCGGUUUCGGUGCCGGCAGUGCAGCGCUGCCUAUGACACGUUGGUAGAACUGACGGUUCAUAUGAACGAGACAGGUCACUACCAAGAUGACAACCAUAAAAAGGACAAGCACAGGCCUACCAGCUACUCAAAGCCCCGCAAACGGGCUUUCCAGGACAUGGACAAGGAAGAUGCACAAAAAGUUCUGAAAUGUAUGUUCUGUGGUGACUCUUUUGAUUCCCUUCAAGAUCUGAGUGUUCAUAUGAUAAAAACAAAACAUUACCAAAAAGUGCCUUUGAAGGAGCCGGUACCAACCAUUUCUUCAAAAAUGGUCACUCCAGCAAAGAAACGUGUGUUUGAUGUCAACAGGCCUUGCUCCCCCGAUUCCACGACGGGGUCUUUCUCAGAUACUUUUUCUCCUCAGAAGAAUGCGAACCUGCAGUUAUCAUCUAACAACCGCUAUGGCUACCAGAAUGGCGCCAGCUAUACGUGGCAGUUUGAGGCCUGCAAAUCCCAGAUUUUGAAGUGUAUGGAAUGUGGAAGUUCCCAUGAUACCUUGCAGCAGCUCACGACCCACAUGAUGGUCACUGGCCAUUUCUUGAAAGUCACAAGUUCAGCUUCAAAGAAAGGAAAGCAACUUGUUCUGGAUCCUUUAGCUGUGGAAAAAAUGCAAUCGCUGUCUGAAGCACCAGCCAAUGACAGCCCAGUUUCAAAAUCAACCAGUAAAUCUUCUGCAGAAUGCAUAGCUGCCACCUCUGAACUAAAAAAAGAAAGUAAAAAAGAUAAAGCUGAUGAUGCAAACAAAGAUGAGAAAGCAGUAAAAACUGAAGAGUAUGAAGAUACUCUUCAGAAACCACUGGAUCCCACAAUGAAAUACCAGUACCUCAGAGAAGAGGAUUUAGAAGAUGGUUCAAAGGGUGGUGGAGACAUUUUAAAGUCCUUGGAGAACACUGUCACGACAGCCAUCAAUAAAGCUCAAAAUGGAGCGCCCAGCUGGAGCGCGUAUCCCAGCAUCCACGCAGCUUAUCAGCUCUCAGAAGGAGCUAAGCCGUCUUUGCCCGUGGGUUCCCAAGUACUGCAAAUCAGGCCAACGAUCACAAAUAAAUUGAGGCCCAUAGCUCCGAAGUGGAAGGUCAUGCCUCUGGUCCCUAUCUCAGCAAAUGUGGCCCAGUGCACUCAAGUGAAGAAGGAAACUGAUGACAAGGAGGAGGUACAAAAGGACUACGCUAAAGAGGGCAUUCAAGCUGAGCCUGCCUCACUCAGUCAGAGCGAGAGAGAACCUCUCCUCAAAUCUGAAGCCUCUGUGGAGCCAAAAAAGUCAGAACCAUGUUCCUUGAAAGAAGAAGACAAAAUUAAAGAGGACAGCGGAAAAGAAAAAGCAGUUCUCAAGGAACCAACAGCAGCUUCCCUUAGUAAUGGUUGCGCUGCUGCCAACCAUUCGUCCGAACUGCCUUGUGUCAACCCUCUCAGUGCGUUGCAGUCAGUACUGAAUAAUCACUUGGGCAAAGCCACUGAGCCUUUACGGCCUCAAUCCAACUCCAGCCCCAGCUCUAGCACAAUUUCUAUGUUCCACAAACCUAAUCUAAAUAUGAUGGAGAAGCCAGUUUUAUCUCCUGCUCCAACCCCACCAAAGCCUGCAAGUGUAUCCAGGCACUAUUUGUUUGAAAACAGCGAUCAACCUAUUGACCUGACCAAAUCCAAAGGCAAGAAAGCUGAGUCAGCUCAAGCACAAUCUUGUACUUCUCCACCUCAAAAGCACGCUCUGUCUGACAUCGCUGACAUGGUCAAAGUUCUUCCCAAAGCCACUACACCAAAACCUGCUGCAUCUUCAAGGAUCCCGUCUAUGAAAUUGGAAAUAGAUGUCCGACGCUUUGAGGAUGUCUCAACAGAAGUCUCCACUCUGCAUAAACGGAAGGGCAGACAGUCAAACUGGAACCCUCAGCAUCUUCUUAUCUUGCAAGCUCAGUUUGCUUCCAGCCUCUUUCAGACAUCUGAAGGUAAAUAUUUAUUAUCAGAUCUAGGCCCACAAGAGCGCAUGCAGAUUUCAAAAUUUACUGGACUGUCAAUGACCACCAUCAGCCAUUGGUUGGCAAAUGUCAAGUAUCAACUUAGGAAAACCGGAGGAACAAAGUUUUUGAAAAACAUGGACAAAGGACAUCCAGUCUUUUAUUGCAGCGACUGUGCGUCUCAGUUUCGAACCCCAUCUACUUACAUUAGCCACUUAGAAUCUCAUCUAGGUUUCCAAAUGAAAGACAUGAACAGGCUGGCUGUGGAGCAGCAAACCAAGGUAGAGCAAGAAAUCUCCAGAGUUUCAGUUCAAAGAUCUCCUGAAACAAUAGCUGGAGAAGAGGACACAGACUCUAAGUUCAAAUGUAAGUUGUGCUGUCGGACAUUUGCGAGCAAACAUGCAGUAAAACUUCAUCUAAGCAAAACACACAGCAAGUCACCAGAACACCAUUCACAAUUUGUAGCAGAAGUGGAUGAAGAAUAA